AUAUUGGCAGAUAUGGCUAAUUGAUACAGUGUUUAGUGCGAUGGCGAGGUGGCCAGUGCUUUUGGCGUUCUGCAUAACUGCAGAGUCGGUGUGGGGCCACAUUCUACGGCCAGGCCGCGCCAUCACCAACUUUGAAUGGGCGGAGCCCGAUGAAGCGGUUUAUAUUGAAGAUGGCACCGGGCGCACGACAAGCGCUAAAACCGCCACGGAGCGCAUCGCUGCACUUCGAGCGGUCAUGGAAGAGUAUAAUGUAGAUGCCUACAUUGUGCCUACUGCCGACGCUCAUAAUUCCCAGUACAUAUCAGCAACGGACGCCCGUCGCGUAUGGCUCUCCGGCCUCACUGGCUCGUCCGGCACCGCUGUAGUGACUAAAGACCACGCUCUAGUGUGGACCGACGGGAGGUACUUCACCCAGUUCGAAAUACAAGUCGACACUACACAGUGGACACUCAUGAGACAAGGCCAAGAUUUAACAAUCCAAGCGUGGCUGGCCAGCAACCUGACCUCAGGCGCUAUAGUGGGUGUGGAUCCUACCACUUACACCAGGACAGCUUGGGUGGCGCUGCAGAGCGCGCUUACCCCAUCCGGUAUCCUUCUGCAAGCAACAGAAGACAACCUGGUGGAUAAAGCGCGAACUAACGUCGGCGAGCCGGCGCCCGCGCGGCCUAACAACGAAGUGUUUGGCUUACCUGUCGAGUACACUGGCAAGCCGUCGAACGAGAAGAUAUCAGAAUUGCUGGCACAGAUCACGGCGCGGGGCGCCACGGCCCUCGUGCUCACCGCUUUAGACGACAUCGCUUAUACGCUGAAUCUUCGUGGCUCGGAUAUCAUCCACAAUCCGGUGUUCUUCGCCUAUCUCGUGUUGAGAGCAGACGUGACCACAGACAACAUAAUCCUGUUCUGGGGUAACGGCGAGCUUCCGGCCGCUGUGUCAUCGUUUCUGGCGGCAGAGGGCAGCACAGUCACUACUCGCCCGUAUACGGAGAUAUUUACAUAUUUGAGGGAGUUACCGGAGACUCUACCAGAGGGCAGCACUGCUACUAUUUGGCUGUCGCAAGAUGGCAGUCACGCGAUCCACUUGGCGGCUGAAGCUGAAGGUAAAAGUACAACACUAUCGACGGUGUCUCCAGUGGCUCUGAUGAAGACUGUCAAGAAUGAAGUGGAAUUGAAGGGCUUCCGAUCAGCGCACGUCAAAGACGGCAUAGCUGUCGUGCGCUUCUUACGCUGGAUCCACGAGCAAGUUGACGCGGGCGUCAACGUCACUGAGGUCGAUGUGGGGAACAAACUGUUGGAGCUGCGAGGCGAAGAGGAAGACUUCAUGGGAGCCUCCUUUUCUACAAUCGCCGGUGCUGGUGAAAAUGGCGCCAUCAUACAUUACAAGGCCGACCCGGAAGGACCGCAGAGAGUCAUCACUAAAGACGAUAUGUUGCUAGUUGACUCAGGUGGACAAUACAAAGACGGAACCACCGAUAUUACCCGUACCCGCCACAUGGGCACACCCACAGACAUGCAGAAACUGACGUUCACUCGCGUACUGAAGGGGCAGAUACUAUUGGGCACCGCGGUCUUUCCUAGAGGCAUCACUGGCAACAUCCUCGAGACCCUCGCCCGCAAAGCUCUAUGGGACGUGGGUCUUAACUACAACCACGGGACGGGACACGGUGUGGGACACUUUCUGAACGUUCACGAGGGGCCCGGGGGCAUUGGCUCUGCUCUCAUCGCUACAGACCCGGGAAUCUUCCCGGGAAUGAUCUUCAGUGAUGAACCCGGCUACUACGAGGUGAAUGAAUACGGCAUUCGGCACGAGGACCUCGUGGAAGUCAUUGAGUUGACGAAUAACUCCGACCACAUUUUUGCGGAGAGCUUGGUGGGCGAUUUCGAAGGUCGCGGUGCUCUUGGCUUCUACACGAUCUCACUUGCACCACAUCAGACCUCCUGUCUUGAUGUCAGCAUUCUACAGGAUUUUGAGAUUAAAUACAUAAACGAGUACCACGCUCGCGUGCUGGCCACGCUAGGCCCGGAGCUGCUCGAACGCGGCCUGACUGAAGACUACGCGUGGCUCGAGAAGGAAACCGCACCCAUACAGAGCGCCGCCAUCUUGCUUACCGCCACACCUCUGCUCGCUUCGCUCGCUGUCGCACUUCAUGCAGCUGUUUUUAUGUAGUCACACUUUUCACAUAUAAGUAAUAAUAAAGUUAUUUUGUAAACGCGUUUUGUUUUGUCGUUAUUUAUUUAUUAGAGCGUAGUGACUAGCGUGGCUCAAGAAAGAAACCUCGCCCAUACAGAGCGCCGCCAUCUUGCUCACCGCAACACCGCUGCUCGCUUCGCUCGCUGUCGCACUUCAUGCAGCUGUUUUUAUGUAGUCACACUUUUCACAUAUAAGUAAUAAUAAAGUUAUUUUGUAAACUCGUUUUAUUUUGUUAGCUAUUGAUAUUUAGUGUUAAACUACGUAUAAUGAGAGGAAACCGCACCCAUACAGAGCGCCGCCAUCUUGCUUACCGCAACACCGCUGCUCGCUUCGCUCGGUGUCGCACUUCAUGCAGCUGUUUUUAUGUAGUCACACUUUUCACAUAUAAGUAAUAAUAAAGUUAUUUUGUAAACUCGUUUUAUUUUGUUCUAUUGAUAUUUAGUGUUAAACUACUUAUAAUUAGAGAAAACCGCACCCAUACAGAGCGCCGCCAUCUUGCUUAUCGCAACACCUCUGCUCGCUUCGCUCGGUGUCGCACUUCAUGCGGCUGUUUUUAUGUAGUCACACUUUUCACAUAUAAGUAAUAAUAAAGUUAUUUUGUAAACGCGUUUUGUUUUGUCGUUAUUUAUUUAUUAGAGCGUAGUGACUAGCGUGGCUCAAGAAAGAAACCUCGCCCAUUCAGAGCGCCGCCAUCUCGCUCACCGCAACACCGCUGCUCGCUUCGCUCGGUGUCGCACUUCAUGCAGCUGUUUUUAUGUAGUCACACUUUUCACAUAUAAGUAAUAAUAACAUUAUUUUGUAAGCGCGUUUUGUUUUGUUCUAUUGAUAUUUAGUGUUAAACUACGUAUAAUUAGAGGAAACCGCGCCCAUUCGGAGUGCCGCCAUCUUGCUUACCGCAACACCGGUGCUCGCUUCGCUCGGUGUCGCACUUCAUGGAGCAGUUUUCAUGUAGUUAUCAGAUAUAAGUAAUAAAGUUAUUUUGUAAACGCG